UUUAACUUUCCUGGCUAAUAAUGCAUAGAAUGAUUACGUAAUAUUACUAUGUCAAGCUCAAGCAUUCCUACGUGCGUCAAUGGAAUAUCCCUGAGGGCGUAGCACGAGCGAAAAAGCCGCUUCGAUCCUACUCUUACAAACACUAUACUAUGUAGAAAUGUCAGCUGUUUGGGUGUGGCAAGCUUCAGAAAAUAUCAAAAGUGCAACUAAGAACUAACUAACUAAGAUGUUUUUCAUUGCUAUGUUGUAAAUCUUUCUUCAUCAGACACUUUAAGGCAGUGUUGUAAAUCAAAUUUCUUUACAUUAAGACACAAGGCAGUCACCACUUUUACUAUCUUGUCAAGAGGUAAAUCAAAUCAUUACUAAUUUCUGUUGUUCCAUCACUUAAAUCCGAUUAUUUGUUGGAGUCAUUCCAUAUAGGAAUUUAAGAAUAACCAGAAAUAAAAACAGAUCAACUGUCAUAACAAGGCGAAAAAAUGUCGCGUUCAGGUUCAUCGGACCUCGCCAAGGGGAAAAAGUUCACUGAACAAUUGUUGUACGUCCAACACGUCAAUAAAGAAAAGGACACGGACAGUACAAUCUCCGAGCAAUCCAUUUGGGAAUAUUUCCUAAACAACAGCCAAAUGUUUUCAGAGUCUAAUUUUGCAGAGUAUUUGAGAAAUCCUAAAGCAAAUCUGGGCAUUCUGAAAUGUUCUUUACAAAAUGAGAAGGUUGUAGUCGCGGCGGUCUGCACCAAUCCUCUUCCUAUCCCUCUUAAAACGGAUGUCACGAUUCACGCUUUCGUCGUUUUGAAGACUCACAAUUUGAAGACGAAGAAUGAUAUGUACUAUUCCAUGGAAAAGAACGGGCAGUACAUUGUUCUGCAGCAAUCGCCAAACAUGGAUGACGUCGAGGAGAAAUUAUAUGACCCCGAAGAGAAGAAACUUGUCAAAAGACUUGGGCCGGUGAAACGAGAAAGUUUUAUUAGAGGCAAUGAAAAGGACCUUGAAUAUUUAAUACGAGCAAUUUGGGAAACCAAUCAGCUUAGCACUAAAUAUAACCUUCUAUCUUCAAACUGCCAAGACUUUGCUGAAUUUGUCUUUGAAGAGGCAAGUUUUGGGGGAAUGAAGUGGUCGACCCCGAUUAGUCGACUGAGAAAUAAGAAAAGCCACAUCGAAAUUGAAGCGGGUUUGCAAAAAUACAAUGGAAGAAAAGACGCCAAAUUUGCCUAUUACAAAGCCAUGGCAGAGGGAAGGAGACGGGGCUUUGAAGACCUUGCCAAUAAUUUGACAAGUGAAUCUGUAAACAGCGUCGACUCCCAAGGCUACACGUUACUCGAAUGGGCCACCGUUUUCUCCACAUCCGAUUGGCCAAUCGACCAGUUCUUGAGAGAAAAAGGCGCCGAAAUUCAAACAGACGACGAAGGAUUGUUUCGCCGGAAUGUGUUUUUCAUCGCCCUGGAAUAUCUUGCUACAAACAGAUCUCCAUUCUUGUCGUUUGAUGGGAUUGAUAUUCAUGGUGUGAAUCAAACGGGCGACAGGGCAUUGCACUUGGCUUUGUUCGGAGAAAAAUGGGACGUGGCCGAAAAGAUUCUUGAUCAAUUUCCAGAUUAUGACGUCAACGCAACCAAUUCUUUUGGGGAGACACCGCUUCAUCUUGCUGUUCACCCUAAAUGUAAAAUGGUCUUGAUGAAAAAGAUUUUAGCUCGAAUGAAUUCGGAAAGCGUCAACGCACAAUACAAAGACGGAAAAACUGCUCUUCACGGUGCAAUGUGGUCCCACUCCGAAAUUGCCGUAACAGAACUGCUCAAACGAGAUGACGUGGACGUGAACUUAAAAUGGAACGGCACAACAGCACUAAAAUUCGCUUGCUAUUGGAAUAGGGAUAGGCCUGAUUUGUUCAGAUUAAUUCUAAAAAAAACAACCGACGUCAACGCACAAGACGAAGAUGGAAACACUGCUCUUUACUGGGCACAAGGAAAAAGAACUGCGGUUGAGGAACUCCUGAAACACAAGGACGUGGACGUGAAUCUCAAAAAUAACAGCAACCAAACAGCACUACAUUGCGCUGCUGUUGCCUGGAAGAAUAUGCCAAUUAAGUUGUUCACAAAAAUUCUAGAAAAAACAGAUGAUGGAAUUGCAGAAGACAUAUUAAGACUGCACUGGGAUAUUCUUUGCGAGUCUAAAAAAAUUGCGAUAAGGAAACGGCGUGGACGCAAGGACGUGGACGUGAACCAAAUGAAUAACAAUGACUUUUCUUUUUUCUUUCGCUGGUUUUCUCUCCUCCUCAUUUGCUGGUUAGCUCCCUUUUUGUUAGCAUCAUUUGCCUUGUCCCAGCUUUCGAGGGCAUGA